AUGUGGAGAUCAGAUCCAGCCAAUGCAGUGUGGGCCCGAGUCGUCAAGUAUAAGAGGACCUUCCGGGUCAAGUGGUUUGAGAACGCCAUCGAAGCAGAGAAACACUCUGUGAAAGCAGAGAAGAUGCUGGCCAACAGAGAUUUCAAACUCGCAUACAGGCUAAGCAAUGUGAUUCACAAUAUCAACACCGCAACGCCCGAGCAAAGGCGUGAGUGGGGGCUUGGAAGGACCACCAUAAACUCAAUUGCCGAGCAAAAAACCUUCAUCACUGGCGCUGUUAGAAUGAUUAUUGAACAUUCAUCGGGCGAAACAAUUAAGACAGGGGAAGAGUACGGACAGGACACGCUAGCGGAUGUAAACGCAACAGAAGCUGCCAAGCUGCCCAUGUAUAUGAAAAAUCUGAUUGGCAGUGGGGAUGACCUGCAGCCACGAUAUUUCAUGUUGGACGGGCUGGAGAGUCGCUCGUAUUUUCGAGAGCCAGACAAAAAGGCCCCGAGAAGGGUCCUAGUGUCCACUGACCAGCUGGGAGAACUCGAGAUGACAACAAGUAUUGAUGAGAUCAUCGAUUGGUUGAUAACGAACAUGAACACGCUCAGAGUAGCGGAGAAUUGUACUGAUGUAUACCAACAGAUCAGGCGAAGAAUCCAAUCAAUCUACGACUACUCUUUUGACGUUCAAAAGUUAGAGAGGGCAUUAAGCAGAUCGGGUGAUGAUGUCAGAAAUGGCAAGCUCUACGUGAGCGAAUCAAUAGGAUGGCACAGAAAGUCAAGUGGAAAGAAUCCAUGA